AUGUGUGAUAUUCGUGACGGUGCCAUCUAUGAAUCUGUUCGUGCUGAUAAUCCGGGCGAAAUUUUGUCAUUAACGAUCAACAUUGAUGGUGUGCAACCUUCUAAAGGUUGCCAAACGACUAUUUGGCCAAUUCUUUUAGUUAUUAAUGAAAUUCCUCCGAAUUUACGAUUUAAGUUGGAAAAUGUUGUACUUGCCGCCGUUUGGCCUGGUCCUUCAAAGCCAUCACGUGAUGAGGUUAGGUUAUUAUUUCGUCCUGCCAUCGAUGAACUCAUCCAUCUUGAGAAUGGUCAUCCAUUUCAUCUUUCGGAUGGCAAUAUACAUAUCUUACACGUUUAUCUCAUUGGCGCCUGUUGUGAUAAGCCUGCGCAAGCACUUUCACAAUGUAUUUCAGAACCAACAGCUGCCUUUGGUUGUGGUCGUUGUGAAGUGGAGGGUAAUUUUAUUUCUGUAAUGCAUAUUGAAGUCAAAAUUUCGGCAAGAGAUACGAUGAAUUUGAAACCUUGA